AUGUCUAAGCUUAUGCAAAAUCCGGUGUUUCAUGAAAUGAAGAAACAAGCAUCUUUCUUCAUCAAGGAGAAGAUCAAGACUGCUCGCCUCGCUGUAACCGAUGUUACUGAAGAAGAAUUAUUGGUAGAAGAAGUUACGGGCAGUGACCACUCGUCCAUAGACGCACGCUCCAUGGCGAUCAUAACACGAGCUUCUUUUGAAGUUGAUCAAUUCCAAAGAAUCAUAAAGAUUCUACGUCAGAGAAUGCUAAUGUUUGAUAGAAGCGAAUGGCGUGGCAUGUACAACACGUUGACUAUGUUGAACCAUUUGCUGGUUAAUGGACCGCUAAGUGUAUUCAAAGAGUUUCAACAUGAGAGAGUAAUAAUCGAAGAUGCUAUAAACAUUGAGUGGAUUGAUGAGAGAGGGUUCGAUUGUGGUCUAAAGAUUCGAAACAUAGCCGAAAAGGUACUAAGAUUGCUUGAAGAUGACAUGUUUCUUAAGGAUGAGAGAGAAGUAAAACGUACACAAAGCGUUGGUCGGAUCACAGGAUUCGGAAGCUCAAGUUUCGUCAUACAUUCUGAAACGAACAGCGGAAGAGAAAGAAGAGAAAGCGAAUUCUCGAGUGACCACCAAACUUGUGAAAAUGAUCAUAAUGAUCAUCCUUUCGUUGAGAAUGAGCACAAUAGUGCUCAACUCUUGCUUUCUUCUUGGACUUGA